AUGGAUAUUAGCAAAGAGUUGGAAAGACUUGUGAAGCAAAAAGAGGAACUGAGCGCAGUAAUACAAAAGAUAGAUAUGCGUCUCAACAAUCUUCAAUCGUCUGCUUUCGCUCUUGCAAAUUACUAUGUUGUGUUUCAAGGAGUCAUAUUAACAAUUAUUUGCAAUGGUGCAAAGAAUCUCAAGCCAUCGGACCGUUGGUUCCUCUUUACUAUCUCUAUAUUAGCAGUUUUACUUAACUUGUCUGCGUUGAUUAAAGCUGGAAUCAAGUACAUUGAAAAUAAAGGAAACUACAAGCUAAUUAAUGAGGACGCGAGGUACUUUUUCACCUCAAGGGACCGGAAGUACCCGAAGGGAUCUCGACCAAAUCGAUCCGCUGGUGAUGGAUCUUGGAAACCAACUGGCAUACCUAUAAGAAUCGGACAAUUCGAUGAAUAUACAGGAUGGAGAAGAUCACUAGAUUACUAUGAAGGACCACAAAAAGGUGAAAAGUCAAAGAGAACCAAAUGGAAAAUGAUUGAAUAUAUAGUAAAAAUUGAAGCAAAUGCUCUGCCAAACAAUACAAGUGUUGGAAAUGGAAUGCAGUUGGACAAGUGGGUUCUAUGUAAGGUUUAUGAAAAGGUUACAGGCAAGAAGGAUGAGGAUGACAACAAUACACAGAACACCCAAUCUGAUCAAAGAAACUCAUCGACAUCUCCCUCUGUAAGCAAUCAUGAUUCUUCACCUAGAAUUAUACCCAAUUCAUUAGAUGUGCAUAGAAAUCAGCUUGAAGCUACAACCUCAACAACAUUGAACCAUACACAUGUUUAUCAUAAGCCUCCCCAGAUUCAACGUUCUAACCCUUUUUUGGGAUCCACAUGCAAUUUCUUCAAUCAAUCUAAUUACAACAUGAUUGAUUCUUCGCCCAAAGUUGUACCCAAUUCAUUAGAUGUGCAUGGAAAUCAUCUUCAAGCUACUACCUCAACAACAUUGAACCAUACACAUGCUUAUUAUGAGCCUCCUUUGGGAUCCACAUGCAAUUUCUCCAAUCAAUCUAAUUACAACAUGAUUGAUUUUUUGCCCAGAGUUGUACCCAAUUCAUUAGAUGUGCACAAAAAUCAUCUUCAAGCUACUACCUCAACAACAUUGAACCAUACACAUGCUUAUUAUGAGCCUCCUUUGGAAUCCACAUGCAAUUUCUCCAAUCAAUCUAAUUACAACAUGAUUGAUUCUUCGCUCAGAGUUGUACCCAAUUCAUUAGAUGUGCAUGGAAAUCAUCUUCAAGCUACUACCUCAACAACAUUGAACCAUACACAUGCUUAUUAUGAGCCUCCUUUGGGAUCCACAUGCAAUUUCUCCAAUCAAUCUAAUUACAACAUGAUUGAUUCUUCGCCGAGAGUUGUACCUAAUUCAUUAGAUGUGCACAAAAAUCAUCUUGAAGCUACUACCUCAACAACAUUGAAUCAUGCACAUGUUUAUUAUGAGCCUUUCCAAACUCAACAUUUUAACUCUUUUUGGGGAUCCACCAAUAAUUUCCCCAAUCAAUCUCCGGUUAAUUACAACAUGAAAAUGACAACUCUGAAUCAUACUGCAAUGUCAAGUUCUUCUAAGCAGCCUACUCAUGUUAGGGAGGAUGACCCGCUGCUUGAAGUGCAUGAAAUUAACACUCUUGGAAGUAUGCAAGAGCAACAAGAUGAUUUGUCUAAGAUGACUCCAAUGGCCACCAGUUCUCAUAAGCUGCCUACUCAUGCUAGGGAGAAUGAGCCGCUGCUGCCUGAAGUGCAUGAAGAUGGCACUUUUGGUAGUAAGCAAAAGCAACAAGAUUAUUUGCCUGAGACAGGUGACAUAAUCAACGAUUGGGUCCUUUCCGAUUCCGAUUUUGACACGAUUAAUCUUGACUCCAGUGAUUGGCUCUUUUCCGAUUCCGAUUUUGACAUGAUUGAUCUUGACUUCAGUGACAUAUUAGAUGAAGAUAAUCACAAGCCAAACACCUAAAUUUAGGAACACCCGUAUAUUACCUAAAAGUAGUUCAUGUGGUGUUUUUCAAUCAGUGUCUUUUGAUGUUCGUUUUCAACUGACCUUUGGAGUAAUUUUUUGUUUUUUUAUUAUUGCAUUUGAUAGUCGAUUUCCCUUGAUAUUUACAAUUUUUAACACAUACUUUAGCAUUCGGUUAAUUGUCGUUUAAUUGAGUUCGAGUGUUGUGUUUAUUUCAACUGAUCUUUGGAGUACUAAUUUGUUUAUUUAUUAUUUUAUUUGCUAGUUGCUAUCAUUGAUAUCUACAGUUUUUUAAUCACAAAUACUUUAGCAUUAGUUUAUUUGUGAAAAUCUCAAACGUUUAAGCUUAGUUGUUCUACAUUCCCUAGUGUAUUUGUUGCCUGGUCAUCUGUAUGCAAACAAGGUAACCUUGUCCACUUGUUUUACCAAUUUUGGUAACAACACUAUAAGUGUGGAUGCUUUAUUAAUCUCUCAAUUACAGUGUGAUUGAAAUACAACUGAAAACUGAAUUAUUAACCAAGCAAAAUAUUUAUGUUUUCCAGUUGUGAGCUAAAUAAGGGCAAAAGAUUGUGCACCAAUGCACCAAUCUAACACCAUGAGAUGUGUCUAGAAAACAUUCAUGUCAAGCAUGCAUGAAGAACUACAAAUUAAAUUGUAUCAUACACUGUUUAAACUAAUUAAUUGGAAAAUAAACUCCUAAAUAUUUAAAUCCUAUUUUUUUUUCUUCUCAAGAGCUGAAAUAAACCCUUGCUCAACAGUAAUUCCUCAUGGCUUUCCCCACUUGAAGAUAUUUUAAGUGUUAUUACAAAUGUCUCCACCACAAAUACAUCUAGGGCGAAAAUUAAGUACAAUUCCUCAAAUGCAGUAAAUUAAGUUCCUAGUUAAAUUUACACACAUCUCCAUUGAUUAAUGCAACAUAAACAAUAUAUUAUUUUCUAAAGAAAAUUCGGAUGUUUAAAUUUAACUGGAGAAUUUAUACACUUAGAAAGUGUAUUUAAAUUUGUCCAAAUAUCCAACUCUAAAAUAGAGGAUCCAGGUGGACUUGAACCACCAACCUCCCAAACCACAUAGUUUGAGCGCUCUCACCAGUUUGAGCUUAUAGAUCCGUGUACAGGUAGAACCAGUUUCUCAACCAAAAAAAGUACAGGUAGAACCCAAUAAUAACACAAUUACACUGCAAUAAGCUUUGCCUAAUGCGGUAACAUUUAGAUAUGCAACCUAGAAAAAGAAAUCAACUAAACUACCAUCAAUGGACUGCCAUACACAAAAUAUUAAGAAAGCAUAUCAACAAUAGUAAUUGCCGCCUAUCUCAAAAGGGUAAAAAAUUGAAAAAAACAAGCUUCCAUCUACAACGCAUUGUCAGGGUUUAUAUAGGAUAUUAUUCACAUAUACAAUAUAUAUGUUAAUAGCAUCACAGACCUUUACAGUUCAUAGUCCCCCACAACAGUUUCCUAGGAGAGCAAUGUCAUCAAAAGUAACUUCCCCAAUUGCAACACAACAAGAUUAUCAAGCAAAUGUCUCAGGCCAACCAUAACUUUCCCAUUUGAAUGAGAUAUUAAGAGUUAGGGCUAAUGUAAGAUAUAAAAAAACUAAAGAUGGAGAUUCACAUAAAUAACUGACCUUGUGAAAUGAAAUAGAAACCACAAAGGGAUAUCACUGAAUCAUGAAUUGAAUUUUGCCUUGAGUUUCUGACUUGAAUUGGAAAUUGCAUUUUACCAAGACGAAUAACCAACCUUGUAUAAAUAAGGUAUUGGGUAUUCGAUGUACGAUUUUAAAUCAACAAAGUCCAGUAGACGCAAUCCUUGAGGUCUCACACGAAGUCUUCAGUAUCA